AAGCUGUCUGCUCCAGAAGAUUCGGCGCGAGCUGCAUCACGGCCGCGGAAUCGCUCAUUAAAGAAGUCCGCAGCAGUACAGGAUGAUGAGCCAUCGUUGUUGGAUAUGGGACGGCGAGCUGCCUCAUUCGAGACAUGCCAGGCCUCGACCGUCAAAGCCUCGCCAUCACUGCGACCGGCAUCGUUUGACUCACGAAUGUCGGCGUUCUCUCCUGUGGACGUGCCACGGUUACUCGUCCAUUCACCGGCAUCUCCGCUAGCCAUGGAGCCACCUCCGCAGGCCACCGACAGUCGGCUGCUGACCGUGCCAUCGCCGGACUACCGAAAAAUGUCUUGUGAGUCUCCCAAAGCUAGCGACUACAUCACGAUGGGUUUGGCUCCGGCGAUUCUCGGCCAAUUAACGGCAAUUGCAUCGACGAUGAUGACACCCACGACGAUGGACGAAGUUAAACCGUCACCAAUCCAAGUUUGUAAC